GGGGGGCUCGCCCCGGGGCCGGCGGCCUCCCGAGCGGCUGCUGCAGCGCCCGGCCCGCUUCCCGGCACGGGGCUGGGCGCCGCCGGUCGGUGCGGAGCCGUCCCUUCCCUCUCUGUGCUCCCGCACAGCCUGGGCUCGGUCGGUCGGUUGUUAAUAUUUUAUUUUUAUUUUUUAUUUUGUUUUUAUUUUAUUUUUUUCCCUCUUCCUUUGCCCUUUAACCAUCCUUACCUCAACCCAUGAGGGGUUUUUUUAAUUAUUAUUUUAUCAUUAUUUUUUUUUUAUUCCCCCCCCCCCCCCCCUCCGAGCACCGACCGAGAACCCCCCCCCUCCCUUUAAGUCUCGCGGCCCCGCCCCCUCCCCCCGCGUGACGCCAUCGCCGCGCGCCCCCUGGGCCCGUUCCCGCCCGCGCUGCGUCCAUCCCGCGCGACGCGGCCCGGAGCGGCGGCGGCUGCCGAGGAUGGCUCCCUCACCAACCAAACGCAAGGAUAGGUCUGAAGAGAAAUCAAAGGACCGAUCAAAGGACAAAGCAGCCACUAAGGAAUCGGGUGAAAAGGAUCGUGGUCGGGACAAGACACGCAAAAGACGUAGUGCUUCCAGCGGGAGCAGCAGUACCAGGUCCCGUUCCAGCUCAACUUCCAGCUCAGGGUCCAGUUCCAGCACUGGUUCUAGCAGUGGCUCUAGCUCCUCUUCUGCCUCGAGUCGCUCUGGGAGCUCCAGCACCUCACGCAGUUCCAGUUCCAGCAGCUCUUCUGGAUCCCCCAGCCCGUCUCGACGGAGACACGACAACAGGAGACGUUCCCGUUCCAAGUCCAAGCCACCCAAGAGAGAUGAAAAGGAGCGGAAGAGGCGCAGCCCGUCACCCAGACCUACAAAAGUACAUGUUGGAAGGCUCACUAGAAAUGUGACCAAGGAUCACAUCAUGGAAAUAUUUUCCACUUAUGGAAAGAUUAAAAUGAUUGACAUGCCAGUUGACAGGCUAAAUCCACACCUCUCUAAAGGUUACGCUUACGUUGAGUUUGAGAACCCAGAUGAUGCUGAGAAAGCCCUGAAACACAUGGAUGGAGGCCAGAUCGAUGGUCAGGAGAUCACUGCCACAGCCGUGCUGGCGCCACGACCUAGACCGCCUCCCAGACGCUUCAGCCCACCCAGGAGGAUGCUGCCACCACCACCCAUGUGGCGUAGGUCACCCCCUCGCAUGAGGAGAAGGUCCCGAUCUCCUAGGCGCAGAUCCCCCGUUCGCCGGCGAUCAAGAUCCAGAUCUCCUGGACGAAGGCGCCAUCGCAGCCGCUCCAGCUCAAACUCUUCACGAUAAAGCAAAAAGACUGGACAGCUUUUUAUUUUUUAACUUAAAUCCCAUGUAACUAAAUAUUGUACCUUUUUUUAUAAUGGGUCUGGGUGAGGAGGGGGUAGAGGGGGAGAGAGAGAGAGAGAGAGAGAAUCCUGGCAGUGAAGGUGAUCUAAGAGGAGAAAUUUACAGUUCCUGGCCAUUGGAUAGCCUCUGCUGCGGGGCUUCUAGUUUCCUGGCAUUGAUUGAAAUUAUUUAAAAAAAAAAAAAAAAAAGCUUUGAUUUUUUUAAAGGCUACAAAAACAACAUCUCUUCCAGACAAAUGGGUGGAAAGAUGUUAUAGCUUCUCUUUCUCCAGUUAGCAGGCUGCUGCUUGAUGAUUUCCAAACGCUUAGCGCGCUGUACAGACGAGCAUGUAAAUCUUGAGCUAUUGCGGAAACCCUGUAGAGUAGGACGGGGGCGUUUAGCUCCGUCACUAGGGUUCUCAGAGCAGCUGGAGUGCAGAUGACCAAAUCUGCCCGAGACGUCAAUAAUGAGCUGUUGCUUUGUUCCAGUGCUGAAGUGAUGAUAGUUUCUGCACGUUAACUCUCCCGUAAUGCCAAUACCAGUCGAACGCUGCAGAAGCUGGUCCGGCCUGCUGAGCUGGGUGCUGUGGGAAAGAAGCUGGAAAGCCUAAGCGCAGGUUUGGGCUGCCCUGGGGGAUUCCUGCCCCCUUUCCUUAAGGUUUUGGGUAAAAGCUUCCCGCCCGACCCCCCAGCGAAAUGGUGCGAGUGCUUCUGCUCCUGCAGGUCUCCGGUCAGCGAGUGGGCACCGACCCCGGGAGCCGGGGGGAGGCUGGGGGCCGCGCUGCUGCCCGGAGAGGCGCAGGACUCGCCGCCUCUUGUGCGGUCGGGCCUAUAAAGUUGCAGGUUGUUUGGUUUGGUUUGGUUUUUUGGUCGUUGUCGUCGUUUUGUAUGACUUUGUAGCCGUUCGGGCCGCGUCGCGUCUGUAGCGGUGCGGGACGCGCCCGCCGAAUAAAGCCGUAGGGUUGAGAGCA